AUGGUUGCAGGCGAUCCAAAUAAUAUCAAUCGCCAAUAUCAGGUGGCUAUCCCUGGCCCUGGUUCUGAUUUGGACGAAAUCCCACUCUUUACUCUGGAUCCAGAUGGUAGCCUGCAGGUAUCUCAGAAUGGCGGAGGUGAUGCUCAGCCUGCUGCACCGUAUGUUAUUCCAGGCGAUAUUGCACCCUCUGCAAUUGUACCAGCGCUUCCUGCGACUGCUGGAACUCCCAUCACUCAGGUCUCACCUAGUUUAGUUACACCGCCCCCCGCCAUCGCGAGCCAGGAUCUCCUUUCACAGACAAUAGAAGCUGCUUCGAACACAGUAACCGGCGCUAACAGUGCAGCUACAGUGGUAGCUACAGAGGACUCGUCUUCCCCACCUGGGCUUUCCACAUCGAACACUGUAACCGUCACUGUCUACCCUUCUGUUGAGUCGGGAAGGGCAACGGUCUCCGUCGCAUCAACUCUUGUGAGUAGCUCGAGAACUGUCCUUGUAUCUGCAACCUCUACGUCGUCUGUUAUCACCUCAACAAUAUCGUCAUCCCAGAGCUCGUCCAUGACGACGAUCUCAAUCUCGUCAUCGACCCAAACUACUAUAGUUAUCUCGAGCAGUUCUUCUGUCAUCACAUCCUCUUCCAGCUCUGUCUUUACAUCAAAUACAUUCUCGACUUCACACUCUGCCAACUCUUCUGCUAUAGCAACGAGUACUUCCAGCGACCAGACUCCAACCGAGACGGUGACGGCCCCUCCUCUCCCAAGGACAGGAUCAAACCUCAAUGUUCACACACCUCCAUACUAUGUCGGUAUUGUUCUAGGUUCUAUCGCUGGCAUUGCGAUCUUAGCAGCCUUGAUAGCUUGGUGGUUUCGCCUCAAGUCUAAUGCAAGGCGUAAGCGCUGGGCAAAAACAUUUGUACCUUGGGGCGGGCCUUCCAACCACGACGACGGGGGACUUGAGGCAGGCAAAGCUAAAGAUGAUUACUUCUCUGAUCCGUACAGUCAGACUUUUCCAAGUCGUGAGGAUAUGGCCCACUUGCAAGCCUGGACCCCUCGUGGUGAUCGUGAUGUUGGAGAACCCAAGCGCUCAGAUAGUUUUUUGAAUGGUUCGACAUGGAGCCUCCAUGACCAUUCUAUUCCCGGUCAUAACCUAUUCUCAGCAGAGUCGUUCGGGGCUAUAUCAUCCAUAGAUGCUUACACCCCUGCCGGGGUACGUCACAAACACCCCCAACGAUAUCAACCUGCGUAUCUUGGGGACCAGGGUCCUGGAAGUCGAGGAUGGUUUAGAGACAAUGCUUCAGUUUAUUCAAUUGAGCAUCGUCGGCCUCUGACUGUUGUGAAUAACGUCCCAUCGAGUUUGAAGCCUGCCUAUAAGCCUCCUUUAUCAAGCUUAGAAGAAGAUGGUCAUUCAGAGCCUCAGCGCACCAUUGUGGAUAGACUGAGAAACCGAGGGAAAGGCCCUACUGAAACUCAUACCGGGGAGUCUCCACUUCCAACGCCAGGCGGAUCACCCCAAGUAGUUUCUAACGAAGCAUGGGCUUCAUCUAUUAGGUCAGGUCUCGCAAAUGCUUUCAACGCCGUUGCUGCAAAUCUGUCUGCGGCCGCAGGGGCACCACGGAUGGGGAAAGAGGAUAAACACCCUGCUCUUCCGUCGGUAGCGCCCCGUAAAUCCGUAAGGGAUACAGUGUGGGAUGAAAAGGCACUGAGGAAAGACAGUUUAUCCAGAAAAGAUUCCUUGUCAACUAUUUCGUCUAAGCCCUGGACGCUUGAGGACACAGGAGAUGGUGCAGGAAUUGUGCAUUUUCGCAUCAAAGACACUGACAGCCUGGUUUCAAAGAAGUUUCAACGGCCGACGAUGCCUGCUCCCAACCUAUCCUUUGGCGAUGGCGACAGCAUCUCGAUGUACAGUGAGCAAGAUUCUGAUUUCCGACGCAUACCAACACAAGAGUCCCACCGUCCACUUGCUGCAUCGUCUAGACCUUUAGCCGCCCACAUUAACGCCGACGGGUAUCUAACUAGAAAAAAUUCUGGCGAAACCAUCUCCGGCAGAGGCGUUUCUCGUAACAACACCAUGCGCUCUGCUGUGUCUACGCGGAGUCAGCGUAGAAUGGACUAUGCCAAUAAUAUGCCGCGUGUCCCACCUGGAAUUGAUGUCCACAAAAACAAAUUCAAUGCAAAGGUUGGCGACGAAGAACAGGAAUCGGUGGUUAUUCGACCAGGCGAACUAUCGAGAUUGUCGUCCACAAACACCUCUCUUCUCCGUUCUACACUUGAUGGGCACGAAUCGGAACACAUGGACAGGGCAGAGUAUGACAUGGCAUCACAAGCUCUCAAGGAGAGAGCACGCCGAGCUUCGAAAGGCGCUCUGAGUUGA